GCAGAUUCUUUACCAACUAAGCCACCAGGGAAUCCUAACUCAUUUAUGUUCAGAAACAAUCCCUACAGAAAAUGUCAAUCCUUUUGAAGUUUGUUUUUCUUUCUUUUUUUCCCCAUAAAUCACCUAUAUUUUCAAACGUAAUUCUCAACAUAAUUGUUUAAUAGUAGCAUCAUAAGCUUCCAAUACCAAUGUGCUUCGUUUACUAAACACAUAGGAAUAUACUUAAUUAUUGAAGGGAUAUAUGUUUUCUUGAAACUUACUUCUCAUCCCUCCCCAACUUUUGAUUGAGAUGUGGAUAAGAAAUGAUUUUACCUUCCUUUUAAAAUCGCUUAAAGAAAAAAAAAAUAAUAAAAUCGCUUAAAGAAAAUCAAAACCUCUCAGUCUACAGUAUUGGAGUCGUAGGAAGUGGUGGAGGCUGUGGCAGCUUGAGUUCAUUGUAUCUAAAAGAUGCAGCUGCAGUUAACUUCCAGGUUAAAACUAAUUUUUAUAUGAAAUCACCCACUCAGUUUAUAAAUGUUGGUAACUAAUGCAGAAUAAACUGCACGGGCAAAGAAACACACGGUGAGCUCGUUCAGACGUGUGACCAACAGUUUUCUUUUUCUCCCCUGAACCUUCACAGUCAGCCUUCCCUCCGCCUCCUGGUCAGCCCAGCUGCCACUUCAAGGAUAAGACUUAGGGAUAAGAUUUAAGAUUUGCAGCUGUUUUCAUCUUCCUGUUGGUAGAAAUUAAAGCUACCAAUAAGAAUAUGACCUGCUUUUGUUUAGCUUUCUAUUUAAUGAAAUCGCAGUCUCCUCACUUAAAGGUACUAGAGUGAGCAGAGAGAUGGAUUUAAUAGAAUACUGCAACAGGGGAUGAUUAUCACUUGCCUUAAAAAAGUAAAACUGUGGGACAAAGCUUGUUUUCAUGAGCAAUUAUCUGUUUUUAUUUUCAUUAAAUUAAAAUUAGUUUACAGUUCAUUUACCAUAAAUAAGUCUUUAAAAGCACACGAGUUGGAUUUCUGAGAAUUUGAUGUUUUAUCUGAACUGAAGGAGAAAUGCCAAGUUUGAUGGACCUGUCAUUCCUCCUAUGAAUGACCUAAGGGAAAGGAGACUGCCCCCACCCUCCUCCACUACUGUGCAUCUUUUGAUUCCUGACACGGUAAUGAUGUGGAUUGGAUUCAGGAACCUGCCAACUGUGUUACCAGUGAUGGGCAGUGUCAGAAUCACUGAAUAGUGAUACAAGAUUCUUAAGUGCUUUUAGAGUUUUAAUAAUUUUAUAAACUAAUGAAGAAAUGAGAUUAAGUUUUGAAGUAGUUUUCCAGUUACUUAAUUUUAACAUAAAAACUUCUGGUCCUGGUUUGUUUUUCCAGUAGAAGAAAUGAAAAAUUGAGAUGUUAAAGCGAAAGGCUGUCAAGUCAUCGCACGCGUUUUCUGUCUCAUCCGCAUUGUAGGGGGAACGCAGCGACUGCCGCGUGCCAUUGGGAUGUCCCUGGCGAAAGAGCUCAUCUUCUCUGCGCGUGUGCUCGAUGGCCAAGAAGCCAAGUCAGUGGGCUUGAUCAGCCAUGUUCUAGAACAGAACCAGGAGGGGGACGCCGCCUACAGAAAGGCCUUGGACCUAGCAAGAGAGUUUUUACCUCAGGGACCUGUUGCAAUGAGAGUGGCAAAAUUAGCAAUUAAUCAAGGAAUGGAGGUUGAUUUAGUAACAGGAUUAGCCAUAGAAGAAGCAUGUUAUGCUCAGACCAUUCCAACAAAAGACAGACUUGAAGGUCUUCUUGCUUUUAAAGAGAAAAGGACCCCUCGCUAUAAAGGAGAAUAGAAGAAACACAAAUGUUUAAAAUGCCAGUGUAAUAAAUAAUACUCCUGAAAGUACCUUUCAGAUCCACAUAUGCCUCAGCACCUGGAAUUGCAGUGACCAAAGUGAAGAACGAGUUAUCUGUGUACUGAAUUAAGUAUCUGGAGUGGGCCCAUAUGCGUACUUUGUUCAAAUAUGUAUCAUCAUACUCAUUCAGAUUUGUAAAGCUAGUUGUGUAUACUGUCAAAAACACCAAUUCAAAAUUAGGUAUACAUUUUUAAAUACCUCCUGCAUAUGAGGCUUUCUGUUCUGAAUUUUUUUAAUGUGAAUAAUUUAUAUAUCAUACACUCUAGGAAAAAAUAUUGAUUGUAUGUCUCCUGUGCUAUAGUAUGAAAAUAAAUUUUAUUUCUAUACACCAAAAAUGUGAAGUUAUACCAAAUAAAGUUUCUAAGGGAUUGUAUAUAAUGGACCUACAGACUUAACAUCUCAUACUGAAAAAGAGGUUGAUAGGAUUCUGAGUGAAAAUUACCAAAUAUGAAUAAAAUUAGUGAAACGAAAACUUG